GAAGUGAAGCUGACAGGUGACUGGAGCUAACCUUGCUAACACUGAGCAACAUGUCGCAGAGUUUUCUGCUCAGAAGAGUUUCGGGACUGUUUCACCUCAGCAGGAAAACGUCGCUGCUGAGCGGAGGUCGGUUGUUCUCCAGCCUCGAACCGGAGCCGCUGGCGGUCACAGAACAGAACCACGGAGUUAGGAGGAUUAUAUUAAAUAAUCCAAAGAAGAGAAAUGCUCUGUCUCUGUCCAUGUUGGAAUGUCUCAAAGAAAACAUCCUGAAAGACAUCGACAGCCCCGAGCUUCGGGUCAUCCUCAUUUCUGCCAGAGGUCCGGUGUUUUCCUCUGGACACGACCUGAAGGAGCUGAGCCGGACUCAGGGUUCAGACCACCACAGGAGGAUCUUCCAGACCUGCUCAGAGGUGAUGACUCUCAUCCAGGACGUCCCCGUUCCCGUCAUCGCCAUGGUGAACGGCGUUGCCACGGCGGCGGGUUGCCAGCUGGUGGCCAGCUGCGACAUCGCCAUAGCAACAGAGAAGUCCACCUUCGCCACGCCGGGUGUCAACGUGGGGCUGUUCUGCUCCACGCCGGCGGUGGCCAUCGGCCGUGCCGUGCCGAGGAAGGUUGCCAUGGAGAUGCUGUUCACGGGGACCCCCAUCUCGGCCCAAGAUGCCUUGCUGCACGGCCUGGUCAGUAAGGUGGUCCCGGAGGAGCGUCUGGAGGAGGAGGCGGCGAGCAUCGCCCGGCGGGUGUGCGAGACCAGUCGGCCCGUUGUGGCUCUGGGGAAGGCCACGUUCUACAGACAAAUGUCUCAGGGUCGAGAUGCGGCGUACGCCACCGCCUCCCGGGUGAUGGUGGACAAUCUGAGGCUGAGGGACGGACAGGAGGGGAUCCAGGCCUUCCUGGAGAAACGCAAACCGCUGUGGAGCCACCAGGCCGAGCCGCUUCAGGACUAAUGGGGAUCUGGAUCGCCAUCCGGGGAACUGGGCCGCCAUCCACACAACCGGAUCGCUUUCUGUGGAUCUGGAUUGCUGUCCAGGGAACUGGACCGCCAUCAUCGAACCGGGCCACCAUCCAGAGAUCUGGAUCACCGUCUGGUGGUCUGGAUCGCCGUCGGGGAACCGGACCACCAAAGGAAUCAGAAAACAUCCUUCAGUCUGUUUCUCUGCAGACUUUCCACCAAUCAGAGCCUCAGGAGACGAAUCAAACCCAAAACUCGUAGAACUUUCUUUAGCUGGGCUCAGAAUUAAAUCUAGAACGAUGGCUUGAUCAAACAUCGGAUUGAAGCCUUUCAGUUAAAUUAGAACUAAAUAAAGUCUAUUUCUACUUUGGUCUUUUUCACAGAUCAAACAUGUAGAGUUAUUUUACAUCUUUUGAUUCUUUUAUCAACAUAUUUCAGAAAAAUGUUCAUUUAAACGGUCAAAGAAAUGAUUCAGUCAACCACAUGACGUCCAGUGGAAGGAAGGAUGCAGGCCAGCAGGAGGCCCGGACCAGAGGGGAGGGGGGAGGGGGACCCAGACCAGGGGUUUAAAAACUCCUGAAGAAAUCACUGAAUUGGUUUCUGAUCAAUCAUCUAUUGUGAUUUUCUGAUAUCACUGAAGUGAUAAAAUGUCUCAUUUCUGAUUUCAUGCUGAGCUGCAGCAGGGUAAUCUGAACUGAGGACAGAGCUUUGGUCCACUGGACACUCUCCGUGUGAAUAAACUUUUUUAAAUUUGAU